AUGGUCCACGCGGAUAACGUGUACAAGUUCGCCAACGCUGACAUCACCGGAAAAAUAUGUAAAACCAACCUGGCAUCCAACACAGCAUUCCGUGGAUUCGGUGGCCCACAAGGAAUGUUUGGAACUGAGAUAAUGGUGAAACACGUGGCAGAGAAUCCAUUUGGAAUGCAUUUGAAUCAGUGUAAUGUGAAGAGAACUUGGGAUGAAUGUCGAAUGAAUAGUGAUUAUGAUAGGAGACUGGAGGAAGUGAACACCUUCAAUCAAAACAACAAAUUCCGUAAACGUGGAAUCUACUUAACUCCAACUCGAUUCGGUAUCGGUUUCGGACUGAAACAACUGAAUUAA